UAGGGCAGGAGGGGGGCAGGGGCCGCCCCGGUUCCUGUUUGGCUGCUGCUGGGAAGGAAGGAGGUGACGGCACCGUUGAAGCUGCUGAGCUGGGCGCUGGCAGGCCCUCGGGGCCUCGGAGCUCUGCGGCCAGCCGGAGCAGGAACCACUGCUGGAGGCUCCCGGCAGAGUAGGGUCAUCCAGAGGCCACAGGGACGUGCAGACGUGUGCCUGGGAGCAGGUGCAGGAGCCCCCCCAGGACCGCAGUCUCAGCCACAUCCCUCUGACCUCUCCUGCUGACCCACAAGUGGGCCCGGGGCCCCUCAGAGCCGUCCUGUCCUCCCCUCCGGGACCCUCCCCUAAGGAGACCUCACCUGCACCUCAUCUCCUUAGAAGCUCCCCACAGUGCUGAAGCUGAGUUCCCAUGGCCUCGCUGAGCCGAGCCCUGCGUGGCGUGGCGGCCACCCGUCCUCGCCAGAGCCCUGCUCCGGGCCGGGGGCUGAGACCCCUGGCGAGCGGGGCUGGCCCCACGUCUGAGAAGAGCGUGCCGUACCAGCGGACCCUGAAAGAGGCACAGGACGCCUCGGCGGCUGCCCGGGGCCCAAGCCGGCCCCUGCCCAGCACAGCCAGCGUGGUGGUCAUCGGCGGGGGCAGCUUGGGCUGCCAGACCCUCUACCACUUGGCCAAGCUGGGCGUGAGUGGGGCCGUGCUGCUGGAGCGGGAGCGGCUGACCUCCGGGACCACCUGGCACACGGCGGGCCUGCUGUGGCAGCUGAGGCCCAGUGACGUGGAGGUGGAGCUCCUGGCCCACACGAGGCGAGUGGUGAGCCGCGACCUGGAGGAGGAGACGGGGCUGCACACGGGCUGGAUCCAGAACGGGGGCCUGUUCAUCGCGUCCAGCCGGCAGCGUCUGGAUGAGUACAAGAGGCUCAUGUCGUUGGGCAAGGUCUACGGCAUCGAGUCCCACGUGCUGAGCCCGGGAGAAACCAAGGCUUUGUAUCCGCUGAUGAACGUGGAGGACCUCUACGGGACCCUGUACGUGCCGCACGACGGUACCAUGGACCCCGCCGGCACCUGCACCAGCCUUGUCCGGGCCGCCACCGCCCAGGGGGCGCAGGUCAUCGAGAACUGCCCGGUGACCGGGAUCCGCGUGCGGACAGACGAUUUCGGGGUGCGGCGGGUCGCAGCCGUGGAGACAGAGUUCGGCUGCAUCCGGACCCCCUGUGUGGUCAAUUGUGCAGGAGUGUGGGCGGGCGCCGUGGGCCGGAUGGCCGGCGUCAAGGUCCCGCUGGUGGCCAUGCACCACGCCUACGUCGUCACCGAGCGCAUUGAGGGCAUCCAGAACAUGCCCAAUGUCCGUGACCACGACGCCUCCGUCUACCUCCGCCUGCAGGGGGACGCCUUGUCUGUGGGCGGCUACGAGACCAACCCCAUCUUCUGGGAGGAGGUAUCGGACAAGUUUGCCUUCGGCCUCUUCGACCUGGACUGGGAUGUGUUCACCCAGCACAUUGAAGGCGCCAUCAACCGGGUCCCCGUGCUGGAGAAAACUGGAAUUAAGUCCACGGUCUGCGGCCCCGAGUCAUUCACCCCGGACCACAAGCCCCUGAUGGGGGAGGCGCCCGAGCUCCGUGGGUUCUUCCUGGGCUGUGGCUUCAACAGUGCAGGGAUGAUGCUGGGCGGUGGCUGUGGGCAGCAGCUGGCCUCCUGGAUCGUCCACGGGCGCCCGGAGAAGGACAUGCACAGCUAUGACAUCAGGCGCUUCCACCACUCGCUCACGGGCCACGGCCUGUGGAUCCGUGAGCGCAGCCAUGAGGCCUAUGCCAAGAACUACUCCGUCGUCUUCCCCCACGACGAGCCUCUGGCUGGACGCAACAUGCGGACAGACCCCCUGCAUGAGGAGCUCCUCGCACGAGGCUGCGUGUUCCAGGAGCGGCAUGGCUGGGAGCGGCCGGGAUGGUUCAAUGCCCAGGGCACAGCUCCGGUGCUCCCCUAUGACUAUUACGGGGCGUACGGGCAUCGUGCGCACGAGGACUACACCUACGGCCGGCUGCUGGGCCAGGAGUACACCUUCAGCUUCCCCCCGCACCACGACGUGAUCAAGAAGGAGUGUCUGGCCUGCAGAGGGGCCGCAGCUGUGUUCAACAUGUCCUACUUUGGGAAGUUCUACCUGGUGGGCCCGGACGCUAGGAAGGCUGCCGACUGGCUCUUCUCGGCUGACGUCAGCCGGCCCCCAGGCUCCACGGUGUACACGUGCAUGCUGAACCACCGCGGGGGCACAGAGGGCGACCUGACCGUCAGCCGCCUGGCCCCCGGCUCCCAGGCCUCCCCGCUGGCCCCUGCCUUUGAAGGCGACGGCUACUACCUGGCCGUGGGCGGGGCCGCGGCCCAGCAUAGCUGGUCCCACAUCAGCGCCGCGCUGCAGGACCGGAGGUUCCGGUGCCAGCUCAUCGACAGCUCCGAGGACCUGGGCCUGCUCAGCGUCCAGGGCCCGGCCAGCCGGGCCAUUCUCCAGGAGGUGCUGGAGGCCGACCUGAGCGACGAGGCCUUCCCCUUCUCCACCCACAAGCUGGUGAGAGCCGCCGGGCACCUGGUCCGGGCCGUGAGGCUGUCCUUCGUGGGGGAGCUGGGCUGGGAGCUGCACACCCCGAGGCCGUCCUGCCUGCCCGUGUACCAGGCGCUGAUGACCGUGGGGGCCAAGCACGGCCUCGUCAAUGCCGGCUACCGGGCCAUUGACUCUCUGAGCAUCGAGAAAGGCUACCGGCACUGGCACGCCGACCUCCGGGCUGAUGACAGCCCCCUGGAAGCAGGCUUGGCCUUCACCUGCAAGCUCAAGUCCUCCAUCCCCUUCCUGGGGCGCGAGGCCCUGGAGAAGCAGCAGGCCGAGGGCCUCCGCCGGCGCCUGCUGGGCUUCACCGUGGACGAGAAAGUUCCCAUGUUCGGGCUGGAGGCCAUCUGGAGGAACGGCCAAGUGGUGGGCCACGUCCGGAGGGCCGACUUCGGAUUCACCAUCAAUAAGACCCUGGCCUACGGCUACAUCCGAGACCCCAGCGGCGGGCCGGUCUCUCUGGACUUCGUGAAGAGUGGGGACUACGCCCUGGAGAGGAUGGGGGUGACCUACGCUGCCCAGGCCCACCUCAAGUCUCCCUUCGACCCCGACAACAAGAGGGUGAAGGGGAUCUACUGACUGCCGCGGGCAGAGCCUCAGCUGGUCCGGGGGUCGGCGACCUGCCACCCCGGCCGACGCUGCCCAUUCCCAGUGGCCUGUGCCGCCCCGGGUGCCAGGACCCAGACCCUGGCUGGAACAUGGGCUCCCCUGCCCUUCGUCAAGAGCUACCGCCAUGGCCCCCAAAAGAUGCAGACAGAGGGAGUGGAAAGAGGACCCAGGAGGCCUAUUCUGUGGUCACUGACUGAAGGGGGGAGUCUCGGGUCCUCCCCACCCCCCUAAAAGCCACCUGCCAUGCCUUGGGCUCAGGGACCAUGCCUGAAGCCCUGGAGAGCUUCUGAAAAGGAGAAGGCCCCUGUGAAAGCGGGGCAGCAAAGAGCAUCACCCAGUGUUCUAUCCCUGAUGGGCAGGCUGCCCGGGGGAGCCUUGAGGGUUGCGGGUGUGUCUGGCAUGGGGGACGGUGUGGGACUGAUUCGUCCUGUCUGCCUCGGGCACAGUAGUGAAGGCAGAAAGCAGGCGUGCCAGACUAGCACCGUCCCUGAGGUCGGGGUUGGCAGGACGGUCUGGUCCCUGGUCCCAGGAAGGAGGGGUGGAUCCAGAAAGUGAGCUCUGCUUGCCUUGACCUCUCGGGUCUUCACACAGGGAAACCCCCAGAGGGUUCCCAGCCCUGAAAUCAGCGCCAGGAGCAGGGCUGGGAGGGUCUCAGCUGGGCCACCCCCACUGUGCUCUCCUGCCCUGGUUUCCCCCAGGGCCCCUCGCUCACCAUGUCGGAGACAAAGGGGUGCUGCUAGGUACGGACCUGGCGGGUCUCUCCUGCCCGGGUGGCCUCUGUCCUUGCUGUCUGACUCAGCUCUGGGCCUCGUCCCCCGCUCUCCCAGUCCCCAGGAGUGGCCCUCACCCAGGGCCUGGAAUGGGGUGACCCCCGUCCCCAUCCCAGGGCCUUCAGAACUGCCCAUCUUCCCUACGGGGACUGGCACCCGGCCCUGGGACCCAGGCAGCCCCCUGGGGAGGGGGCUAGAGGGGAUGCGGGCAGGAAGCCGUGUGGUGACUGGGGUGCAGAAAGUCCUGGGGGCCUGGGGUUGGUUUCAGAGGUGCCAUGCCACGCAGCCCUCUCCAGGGACUGGGCUGAAACAGGUCAGGCUAAUAAAGUCAAGGCCACAGAAAGA